GGCAACCAGCGACGGCAUGGACAAGUGUCCACUUACAAAGUUGUGUCCCAUGAGAAAUCCAUGAAAACAUGGGUACACGGAAGCCCUUCUCAUGCCUUUCCAUCAAAGGGAAGACCUUUUGCCGUUUUGCUUCGGUGCUGCCUCCCUGAGUUUUGGCUAAAGGCGAAAGUGCAUUGAUUGUUGUGAGAUAAUUACAGGCACACGUGUCGCAACAAGGAGUCCUACCAAAAGCAUUUCCACACAAUAACACCACCUCUCUCUCUCUCUCUCUCUCUCUCUCUCUCUCUCUUUUGUUUCAAGCCCAGAAAAAAAAAAAUCUAGGAAAGGGCCUUCACUGAGCAUAUGUGCAGGAAGAACUUCAGCUCCAAGCUUCAAGAGAGCCACACCCAAUAACCCAAAUGGCUCUUCACUUCUUUCGCUGUAUUUUUUUGUAGUUUUUGUGAAAUUAUUGGGUAGUUGGAAGGCGUUUAUUGGAAGAAGAAGAAAGCUGAAGACGACCCAUAUCUCAAGAGGCUGUGAUGGGUUGCCUCAGAUCCAGGGAACCCAGGUUUUGCGUUGGAAAGGAUUCACCUUUUUUAGGGUUUCCUUGUGAUUCAUGGGGUAAUUUUCCUUUCUAGGUUUUUUUCCAUGGCCCCUUUUGUCUCCUAGGACUAGUUAAGAUAGAGUUUUGAUUUUAUCCUAUUUCAUUUGCGUUGAUGUAUUUAAAGGUUGGUGGUGGAGGAUAUGAUUUAGGUAAGUCUAUGGUUGGUUACUGCCCAGCUGUGAAGAAUUUGCCACAUUCUAGAUUUCGGAGGAACUUGAAUUUUCCUUGCAGGCUUUGAAUUCUAUAAAUUGAACCCUAGAUCCGUUGUUCCCUACUGACCCUACCAGAUCUAAUUGACUUAUCUUGACUUAGGUUAUUUUGCUCUUCAGACGCCCUUUAGUUCUUUCCAGUGGGGUACUUUUGUUCUUGGGAGAGGCGGUGCUGUGCUUUUCUGUUUGUUUGCAGUUUCCAUUGCUGUGAAAUAUUGGUGAAUCAUUUAGUGUUUGGGGCUAUAGGAGGAGGGGUGUUGCUGAAGCCUGCAGGCACAAAGGAGAUGAAAGUGCACAAAAGUGGUGGAUUAUGCAGGUGUGGGGAGUUUGAGAGGUAAAGGUUAAGAGUUCAGAGAGAGGGUUUGAUGGAAGAGAUGUCUUCGGCAGUUGCAGUGACACUUAGUUUAGGUAAUUCUGUCUGUGAAAGCUCUGGAAUUCCAACCCAGGUGGAAAUCACACGCCUGAAGCUGGUUACGGACACGGCGAGCUUGUUAUUGGACCCUGCAACUGUACUGCCAGCAGAUCCUGUUUCUGGUGGGAGUGGAAAAGGCUGUAAUCUGGAGAGUGGACACGAUACAGUGAUCGUGCCGGUGGCUGACAAUGGUGGUGGGAGUGGCGAAGGAGGUGAUUUGUUGGAGGUGGUAGCUAAAAAUGGAAGUGGUUCGAUUGCUGGUGAUGCUAUGAUCCAAGAAUGUGGGGAAGAUGAAAUUUUAUCAACUGUAGAUGAUACUAUCGGAAUUGUUUUAUCAACUGUGGAUGAUACUAAUGGAAUUAUUUCAGAGGACUUGCUAGCUUUGGAUAAAAGUUCUGGGUCUGAACUAACCUUGCCAGUCCCUGUGGAAGUUCAGACCACCCAAAAUGGUCAAGUUGUUACUGCAGCUAUUAAUUUGGGCAAACCUAGUACUGAGCUGGAGUCUAGUGGUUCUCUCCUUGCUGCAGCAGUGAGCCCACAACUGGAGAUUUCUGAUGGGUCUGAUGUAAGGGCAUCUGCAGUGGUUUUCCAGCUACCUAAUGAGAAGAAUCUUGGUGGAGGAGCCAGACGAAGUGUUUUUGAACUGGAUUGUGUACCCCUUUGGGGAUCCAUUUGUAUUCGUGGAAGAAGACCAGAGAUGGAGGAUGCUGUUGCAGCUGUACCUUGGUCUGUAAAAAUUCCUAUCAAAAUGCUUAUCAGCCAUCAUGGAACUGACAGAAUUAGCCAAAGAUUGAGUCACCUACCCAGUCAUUUUUUUGGAGUUUAUGAUGGCCAUGGAGGCUCGCAGGUUGCGAACUAUUGUUGUGAUCGAAUCCAUCUAGCCUUGGUGGAGGAGAUGGAAGUUAUCAAAGAUGAUUUGGGUGAUGAAUCCACAGGAGGCAAUUGCCAGGUUCAAUGGGAGACGGUCUUCACUAGUUGCUUUGUGAAGGUUGACGAUGAGGUUGGAGGAAAAAUCAAUAGGGACAUCACAAUGGAUGCCUCUGAUGUUAGCUGUGAACCUGUUGCCCCUGAAACUGUUGGAUCUACGGCAGUGGUUGCCUUAAUCUGUUCAUCUCAUUUGAUAGUUGCAAAUUGUGGGGAUUCAAGAGCAGUCCUUUGCCGUGGUAGAGAAGCUGUGGCAUUGUCAGUUGAUCACAAACCAAACAGAGAGGAUGAAUAUGCGAGGAUCGAAGCAUCUGGUGGCAAGGUCAUACAGUGGAAUGGGCACCGUGUUUUUGGUGUUCUUGCAAUGUCAAGGUCCAUUGGUGACAGGUAUUUGAAACCAUGGAUUAUUCCCAAACCAGAAGUUAUGCUUAUUCCUCGAGCCAGAGAAGAUGAAUGUCUUAUUCUAGCCAGUGACGGGCUUUGGGACGUAAUGACAAACGAAGAAGUGUGCGAAAUAGCACGAAGGCGGAUUCUGCUCUGGUACAAAAAGAAUGGCACACUUGCCCCUCUUGCAGAAAGAGGCAAAGGAGUUGAUCCUGCAGCUCAAGCAGCAGCGGAGUACCUUUCAGUUCUUGCUCUCCAAAAAGGAAGCAAGGAUAAUAUUUCAGUGGUUGUGGUGGACUUGAAAGCUCAAAGGAAGUUCAAGAACAAAAAGGCUGAUAUGUAAGCCCAUUCAUAUUGUCCCAAUCUAUUGUUGUUAACUAUGUAAAACUGCAUCUCCUAUUCUCAUUAUCACCUAAAUCGGUCCAUUCAUUUUUUACAUGGGCUUAUAGAGUGCGUGAGAAAUGGUUUACCUUGUACCAUGGAACGGGAUAUCAAUAUCCCAGCCCUGUUCAUGCACCAUUCCAUGUCGUAGAUAUGAGAAAAGGUGCUCCUAAUGAUUGGUAGAUAAGAGUUCUAAGAAUCUCCCUAUGCUCAA